GCAAAGUGUCCCAAUAAUGCUGCUAAGUUGCUGUUAUAUGACACAAAAGUAAGAACAAUCAAAGCUGUGUACAAAAGUUGGCUACCCAAAGGCGUGCAGCAGCUACAAAAUAAUCAACAAAUGAACCAGUGAACAUUCGUGCACACCAAAGCUAAUCUGCCAACACAAAGGAUUGGCGACAAGGACGUUAAUUAAUCACAAACUUGUGGUGGCCAACUGACGACUACAAACGUGCAACACCACUGCCCCUCGCACAUAUAUAUACGUAGAUAUAUAAAUACCACCAAAUAAAGCAGUCAACAACUCGCCCACAGCCAAUAACACUGCAACGGGGCUUAGUUAAAUAUCAUAAAUUGGCUAACGCAAGCUGACAGCAGCACACACAAAGCGUUUCACAUUGAUGACGUGGACGCAUUAAAAGUGCUUGCCACAUCAACGCAGCUGGGAAGAGAAACGUUAUAAUCGCUGCUGACACCAUUGUAAGCGCAGCAGGCAAUUAUCGAAGUUAUAGUAGCCAGUCGCGGUGACCAAGUCAAAGCGAACAGGUGAAGGCUCAUAAGGCUAAAGCGCCUUCCACAAUAUACACACAGAGUGCGUGCAUCGCAAGCAACCAAUACAUAUACACGUCAUGCUAAGACACAUAAAUAACAGUGCGACGAGUUGUUGCAACAACAGCAACAACAAGACUAUGCACAACGUGCGAGAUGAAGCGAAUUGCGAAAGCAGCAACACAAGACUCGCCAGCCACACACCUGCGGCAUGGCAUGACCGACGCUCACACAUCCGCUCUUCCGCGUUCUUGCUGCUGCUCGCACAAUCCCUGCUCUUGCUGCUGCUACUCGAGCAUGUUGCGCCUGCAGUUGGUAAUCCCGAUUGGAUGCAACGUUGCAGUAUGUGCCAUUGCAAUUGGAAUUCGGGCAAAAAGACAGCCGACUGUAAGGCGCGCUCACUGACCGCCAUACCCGAUGAUCUGAGUAACGAGAUGCAGGUUGUGGAUUUUUCGAAUAAUAUAAUACCCGAGCUGCGGCGCGAGGAGUUUGCCGAUGCGAAUUUACAGAAUCUACAUAAGAUCUUCUUGCGCAAUUGUACCAUACAGGAACUGAAUCGCGAUGCACUCAAAGGUCUCACCAUACUCAUCGAGCUGGAUAUGUCGCAUAAUUUCAUACGCGAGCUGCAUGUCGGCACCUUUAGCGGGGUUGAAAAGCUACGCAAUCUCGUCAUGAAUCACAAUGAGAUCGAGGUGUUAGAGAAUUAUCUCUUUGUCGACUUGCCUUUCUUGUCGCGUGUGGAAUUCAAAAACAAUCGCCUUAAGCAGGUGGAAAUGCACGUGUUCGGUCAACAACCUAUGCUUGCAGCAAUUUACCUUGAGGCAAACUCGUUAUCGGUGCUGCGCAAGGAGACCUUCACGCGCAUACCCAAACUAGCGCAUCUCUCUUUGGCGCAAAAUCCCUGGAAUUGUACGUGUGAUCUGCAAGCGUUUCGCGAUUUCGCGCUUGCCAAUCGACUUUACACACCGCCCACGGACUGCGCCCAACCGCCAGCGCUGCGCGGCAAACUUUGGACUGACAUACCAUCGGAGAAUUUCGCUUGCCAGCCGCGUAUACUCGGCUCGGUGCGCUCAUUUGUCGAAGUGCAAUCGGAUAAUAUAACUUUGCCAUGCCGCGUUGAAGGCUCACCGCGUCCGAAUGUUACAUGGAUCUAUAAUCGACGCGCCAUCAAUCCGAAUGAUCAACGCUUUCGUGUGCUCACCUCCAUCGAACAGCAGCCACUCAUGAGCAUAGAUCCUGCAGCGCUUAUAACUACCGAAUUGCGAAUUUUCAAUGUGCGUGCCAGCGAUAAAGGAAUGUACACUUGCAUUGCAGAGAAUCGUGGCGGCAAGGCGGAGGCCGAGUUUCAAUUGAUCGUCGACGGUGACUUUUUUGGCGCGCUCGAAGGCAUAGGCGGUGGCAUAGGCGUCUCCACCACUGACACUCAAUCGAACUUCCUGCUCGUCAUUUGCCUCAUCGUGAUCACAGUACUGUUGCUGCUCAUGUGUGUGCUACUCAUUGCCUGUUGGUAUUGUCGACGUGCACGCUCAUAUCAAAAGGACACAACAAUGAUGAGUGAGAAUGGUUUAAUAUCUACGAAAAUGGAUAAAACCAACAGUUCAAUGCUUGAGGGUUCGGUGAUUAUGGAAAUGCAAAAAAGCCUAUUAACCGAAGUGAAUCCGGUGGAGAAGCCACCGCGACGCACCGAACUAGAAAAUGUGGAUGGAAGCGAUGAGGGGCAUGAAAUCAAAAAGACGCUCCUGGAUGAAUCACAAUUCGGCAAUCACCCGCGCGACGAUGAAACCCACUCGGUCGCCCUGUCGGACACUACGGUACCUCGUGUGCGUCACACCUACAUCGAUGAUACCUACGGUACUAGCUUGCCACCUGAUCUACUCGCCUUUCCUGCACGCGUUCCGCCCACCUCCCCUUCAAUGCAAUCGUCGCACAGUAACAUACCCGAACAAAUCAUCUACGGCAUUCGCUCACCACCGCUCACCAGUCCUGUAUACGCGCAUAUGACGCCGCAUGGCAUCUAUGGUACGACAACCAUCGCAGCUGCCACACCGAAUGGUUUCAUGACUCUGCAACACCCGAAAUCACGCAACUUAGCACUGAUCGCUGCAGCAAACAAUCGCCAACAACAGCAGCAACAACAUGCACACGCCCACCUACCGGCGCAACAUGGCGCGCACCAACAACAAUCACCUUUCUUGCCAGCACCUGUUAUAUACUCACCGACCACAGCGGUGGUCAUGAAACAAGGCUAUAUGACGAUACCGCGCAAACCGCGCGUGCCCAGCUGGGCGCCUUCCACCUCCAUAACAAAUCCCACACAGUUAAGCGAGUUUCAGUCGCCUACUUCGCCAAAUCCUAGCGAAACUGGCACCGCCACUACUGCUGAACUGCAAGUGGAGCCGGUCUACGACAAUCUUGGGCUGCGUACAACUGCCGCCGGUAAUUCGACGUUAAACUUGCAUAAAGUUCAUCCGGAAACAAGCAGCGGUGUCUCCACAUCAGCGCGCUAUACAAUGCGCGACCGACCACUACCAGCCACGCCGAGCCUCACAUCGGUGGCGUCAAGCACAGCAGCCAAGCAACAGCAGCAGCAGCAGCAGGCGCAACAGCAACAACUACUACAACAGCAACAGCAACAACAGCUUACAUCACAACAAAAUGCUGUACCCAGCACAUCGGCGGCGGCUGCGGCAGCAGCAGCUUCAGUUGCGAAAAUCUACGAACCCAUACAUGAGCUGGUGAACAAUCAUCACCUGACAACGACCUCCGACACAGAGCCGUUGUAUGGCACCGCGCGACAUCACAACGGUCUCACCAUUGUGCCGAGUGCCAACAAUAUGAAUGGUGGUGUAGGCGUCGAUGCUACUAACACAUCUGUUAGCAUCAAUGCGUCCACUGGUGAGCCUACGAAAGUAGCGAAAAUACCGCCCCGCCCGCCACCAAAGCCCAAGAAAAAGAUGUCUGUAACAGCGACACGCGGCGGUCAAGGCAGCACCAGCCAACUGUUCGACGAUGAGGGCGAGGAUGGCACUGAAGUUUAGUUGCACGAACCCAAUGGUGGCAACUGCGGUGCCAAUGACGCCGCCACCUAAAACUCCUUCAAAGCGGCAGCAAAAAACGAAUGUAUCCCGCGAAUAAGCGUGAAACAGUAAAACGAAAAGCAAACAAUGGAAAAAUGUGCGAAAGUUUAGUGUGUGCGUGUGUGUGUGUGUGUGUAGGUAGUAAGUGCAUACGUGUAUUUACGUGUGAAUAGGUAUGCAUGUAGUAGUAGUUAGUUGGAGGGAAAAAAUCAAAAAAUAAAUAACAAAAGGUGGCGAUUACUGACACUCCCGUUUGGAACAUAACUAGGAAAAUUUUGAGAAAUGGUGGUUUUGUGGAAAGGAAAAACGGUAAAGCAUUAAAGCAUUGUUGUGCAGCUGAGGCGGCAGAUGUGUAUGUUAGCACACAUUUAAUUGCUAUUAGGGGACUAUGACGAUGCCAUAAGCAACUUCCAUGUCCUUAUGGUGGAAUAAAAUUUUGAAUACAUAUGAGGUUUGGUAUGGGAAUGCUUUAGUUUUAAUAUAAAUAUGAUUUUUAUAAUUGGUGAAGUAAAAAGUUUCGAGCAUCUUCCGCUAGAUAUAUUCAGUGAGCUAUGCUUAGGCGAAUUAAAGACAAAAAUAUGCUUCAAAAAAGAUUAUUUAACAGUUUUGUAUUGAUGAAGCCAGCUCUGCUCUAUAUUAUUCCGAAAGGUAGGAAAAAGAAAGAAAAUUCGAUCAGUACCACUAAACUGAAGGUGUGAAAUCAAAGCACAUGGCCAAGUAAAUGUAUGCUGCUUACGACCCUAAUACAGCAUCGAAUGCAGUAGCAAAUCGGUGCCUCCAACAAUUUCUUUCUAGUAAUAUGAACCGAUGGUCGGAUGGAACUCGCUCUGGUAGGGCAAUCAGCGAAAGGGCCAAUAAAAAAAUGGAAAUCGUCGAUUCGGUUCGGUAUCUGAGCACUUUUUCCAUUGCUCAAGACUAGAAAAUUAGUCAGAAAAUCGUCUGGAACAAUUUCCUUAAGGCUGAGCUCGAUCGAUGGGCAUGAUGUAUGGGUACCCAAAUGCAUAGAUGCAAACGAAACUUUUGAAACAAAAGUAAGUCUGUGAUUACCUGCCGAAACAUUACAAAGACUACCCAUUUUUCAAACGGACUGGGGAUAAAAAUGUAUCACAGACGAGAGCAAUAGCUGAAAAAGAUCGUGGUGAAAUGGU